UUGUAAACACUUUACUUUCUGUAUGAUACUGCCAUCUAGUGGACUUGUUUAUUAUAUGACUGACACACCUGUUUGCACACGUUUCAUAAACACAACCAGGAAAUUCAGGAGUUCAGGGAAACUGAAACUGCUGGGCUGUUGUGUGUUUCGUCUUCUUUCUAUGAGUAGCCUACAUACAGUGAAAUGGCAGAAGCCAGUAUUUCAGUGGUUCAGGAUCAGUAUCAGUUUAUCUGUUUAAUCUGUUUAGAUCUACUGAAGGAUCCUGUGACCAUUCCCUGUGGACACAGUUACUGUAUGAGCUGUAUUACAGACUGCUGGGAUCAGAAGAGAGACUACAGCUGCCCUCAGUGCAGACAGACCUUCACUACAAGACCUGAUUUAGUUAAAAGCACCAUGCUGGCUGAAGUGGUGGAGAUACUGAAGAAAACAAAACUACAAGCUGCUCACUAUGCUGAAGCUGGAGAUGUGAAGUGUGAUGUCUGUACUGAGAGAAAACACAAAGCUGUCAAGUCCUGUCUGGUGUGUCUGAACUCUUACUGUCAAAAUCAUCUUGAACAACAUGAAGAACUUUACUCAGGAAAAAGACACAAAGUGACAGACGCCACUGGACGACUUCAGCAGAUGAUCUGCCCUCAACAUGAAAAACCUUUAGAAAUUUGUUGUAAAAUUGAUCAGCACUGUAUAUGUCUUCUGUGUAUUCUGGGGGAGCACAAAAAUCACAACACUAUGCCAGCUAAAGAAGAAGAGAGGACUGAGAAACAGAGUUUUCAGUCUCUCUCUGUUCCUCCUGGAUCUUCAGACUCACUCAGCAUCACUGUCAGCUCUCUCAUCUCUUUUAAUGAUGUAGGAAAAUCUGUGUCUCAUCUGAGAGAAAAACUGGAAGAUUUCUGUAGAGAAGAGAUAGAAAAUAUAUUUGAUAACAGUAAAGCACCUGAACCUGACACUAGGGAGCAGUUCCUAAAAUAUUAUCAUCACUUCACUGCAGAUCCAAACACAACAUAUAAAUUUCUCCGUCUGUCUGAGGGAAACAGAGUGAUUACUAACAUGGACAAAUCCCAGCUAUAUCCUGAUCAUCCAGACAGAUUUGAUGAUAGACCUCAGGUGUUGUGUAGUGAGAGUGUGAGUGGACGCUGUUACUGGGAGGUUGAGUGGAGUGGUGCGGUGUUUAUAUCAGUGUCAUAUAAGAGCAUCAGCAGGAAGGGACGGGGUCAUGAGUGUUUGUUUGGUUUUAAUGAUCAGUCCUGGACUUUGUGCUGUGACUCCAGAUAUUCAUUCAGGCACAAUAACAUUGAGACUAAACUCCCUGUAGUGUCCAGAUCUUCUAGAAUAGGAGUUUAUGUGGAUCACAGUGCAGGAUCUCUGUCCUUCUACAGCGUCUCUGACACAAUGACCCUCAUCCACAGAGUCAACACCACAUUCACUAAACCUCUCUAUCCUGGGUUUUGGUGUUAUCUUGGAUCAGUGAAACUGUGUGAUAUAACAAAAUAGAUCAGAUUCAACAACAAAGAAAUAAUAACUCUUUCAUUUUCUAAUAAGCAAUUUUAAAUAUUUGAUUGUAAUGUUAUAUUUUAAUAAUUGUAUUUUGUCCUGUCAAACAGAGGAGUACAGUAGUUAUUCACAGUUAAUAUUAUUCAUCUAAAGCCGUGUAUUCUUUUAUGUGUACAAAACCACUAUAAAUAAAAUGUUAUAUAAGGCACUAAAAUGUCUGUGUCUGAAUUGGAAUAUAAUCUAAAUUCACUUAUUUUUAAGACAAACAUUUAAUUUUGACAUUUAGU